CUGGUGAUUUGAGCGUAGAUAAAUAAUAAACACCCCUUUUGUAAAAUGUAAACAUAUCGCAGCUUCUCGGAACCUCUUUGGUUCAUUCAUCUUCUCUGUCAACGUGUGAAUUCAAAACCAUGGCUGCUGAGUUAGAAAGCUUGGAGAAAUCAUUACAAAAGAAUGUCCCACCUCAAGAGUUGGCAGAUGUGUGGAGAAUUCUGUAUGGAAAAGAACUUAGACAACUAGAGUUUCCAAAGGAGGCCAGAGAUUUGGCAGAUAAAAGACAGUUUGAAGUAAAAGGCAGUUGUUUUACUGCAGAAAAAGAAUCUCUCCGUCCACCAAGAGUAGUCAGAAUUGGUGCUAUACAAAAUCAGAUUAUUGUGCCUACUACAGAGCCUGUACCAAAACAGGUUGAAUCUCUACACAACAGAAUAUCAGAGAUUAUAGAGAUGGCCAGUUUAUGUGGUGUCAAUGUCAUUUGUUUACAAGAAGCAUGGACAAUGCCAUUUGCCUUCUGUACACGUGAGAAACACCCAUGGUGUGAAUUUGCUGAAUCAGCAGAAGAUGGAGCUACAACAAAAUUGUUACAAGAGCUGGCAAAGAAAUACAAUAUGGUUAUAGUGUCCCCUAUACUGGAGCGUGAUGCUGAUCAUGGAGAUAUUCUAGCUAAUACAGCAGUGGUGAUCUCUAACACAGGGCAGUACUUAGGGAAGUCUAGGAAAAAUCAUAUACCAAGAGUAGGAGACUUUAAUGAGUCAACCUAUUAUAUGGAGGGCAAUACUGGACAUAAAGUAUUUGAUACACAGUUCGGUAAAAUUGGUAUAAACAUUUGUUAUGGACGACAUCAUCCCUUGAAUUGGAUGAUGUAUGGUAUUAAUGGUGCAGAGAUUGUAUUUAAUCCUUCAGCCACGGUUGGAGCUUUGAGUGAACCUAUGUGGCCAAUAGAGGCUAGAAAUGCUGCCAUUGCAAAUCAUUAUUUUACAGUGGCUAUUAACAGAGUGGGAACAGAAGAAUUUCCCAAUGAAUUUACCUCAGCAGAUGGAAGAAAAGCUCACAAGGAUUUUGGCCAUUUCUAUGGUUCGAGUUAUGUGGCAGCACCAGAUGGCAGUAGAACCCCGGGUUUAUCAAGAACUAAGGAUGGAUUACUGGUAGCUGAAGUAGAUCUUAACUUAUGUAGACAAAUCAAAGAUAAGUGGGGAUUCAGAAUGACACAAAGACUGGAUAUGUAUGCAGCAGAAAUUAAUGAGGCUAUUAAACCUGACUUUAAACCUGAUAUAAUCAGAGAGAAAUAACUUGAUAGAGGAAGUGUCACAUCGUGAACAUAGUUUCUAGUCGUUCAGGAUCAUUCAUCAACUUUGAUUGUUGCAAGUGUGAAUAUAUUUAGAAUGAAUACAGUAGAGGAAAUCUUCAAAAUAAAGGCCUUGCUUAAUAAUGCAUUUAUAAUAUUUAAAUAGAUAUUUGUAUCUUUUGAAGAAGAAACAAUAUUGUUUGGUAUAUGCAUACCUAUUAUGUAUUCAGAUUUUUGUUUUACCUAUUUUUCAAGUUCUAUUUCAUAAGAAUGAUAUAUCAAACAAAAUAAAUUAUCAGUUAAAUUAAUGAGCAAUACCUCACAGAAAAUUACUAAAAAAUACUUAUGAUUAAUUAAUUUUUAUUUUAUUUAGAAAUAUCAACUCGGUGAAGAAAAAUUCAAAAAAAUGAAAAGUGGAGGAUAACAUCCUUUACAUGCUUAAAGAAAACUGAAUAAUGGAGUGUCUUUUUAAUAUUUGAUACUUGGUACUACAGAGCCAUACUCAAGUACUUGUGUACUUGUUGACAUCCCUAAUUUUAUUGUAUCAUUAUAACCAAGUUUGUGGCAUUUUUUUCUAAUUUACAAUAACAAAGUUUAUUUUGGCAUUGAUAUGGAAGUGAUUUUUUUAAGUAAAAAUACUGAAGGAAGUUAGUUUAAUUGUUUUAUGUUUUGUGUGUUAUGUUAAACCUAUUAAUCAGUUCAUAAUCAUUUUUGCUUUCCAUUUUAAGUGAAAUACAGGCAAUCUGUUUUAGAAACACCAUAGGUUUUGCAAAUCUUCAGGGAGUAAUACAUUUGCUAUGAAACAUACAUAUUACUGGCAAUUAGAUAAAACUAUCUUAUUGAUUACAGUGACUGUUAUCAACACCUGAUUUUUGUCCUCAGAGAAAAUGUUGACACAAAGAAGAGGGACACUGUCAAUAGAUAACUCUGAAUGAGAUAAGCUGACUCCAGCUGAUAUUAAUUAGGACUGCAGAAAUAAGCCAAUCAUUUUAUAUUAAGUAAUAAAAAUGAGAGCUAUAUUACCAAUUAAAUAUAAAAACAAAGACAAGGAUCCUUUAUUUACUCACAUUAUAUAUGGAGAAACAUUGCUUUUGUUCUAACCAUCUGUCAGUACACCAACAAAGUUUACCUGAAACUGAGAGCUAUAUCACCAUUUAAAAACAAGGAAAUGGAUUUCCCUGUAUUUACUCAUAUUAUAUAUGGAGAAACAUAGCUUUUGUUCUGACCAUCUGUCAGUCCCCCAACGAAGUUUAUCUAACUAUUGACCUUUUGAAAUGACAGACUGACACUAAGCUAAGUUGUGUAAAGUUUAUUUCUGUUGUAGAUCAUUUUUUUGUGAUUUCUUGAUGUACAGAAAACUGUCGGUGCAAUACCUCCUACAGUUCAUCAUUAUAACUAAAUACCUUAAUCAAAGUUAGAGCCAUAUGUAUUUUCUGUUAAUUUGUUUCGUUAUUAUCUUCUGGGAUCCUCAUCAAUGGAACCUGACAUUAUUUAAUGUACCAGGUGUAGGUUCACAGGAUUUUCAUUAAUCUAAUAACUUUAUUCAUUUUAGGUAAGCAUUCUUUUUAUCUAGAUAUUUUAUUAUUUUGUAUAAUAUUCUAGCUAAUUUGAUUUGUUUAGAAAGAGUCACAUGUUUAACUGUGUUUUCAAAGGUAGACUGAAAAAGCAAGAUUUAUUUUAUGUAAGACAAUCUUGUUAUUUAGUUAUAUUAUUUUCUGGGUUCUUUAAUCAAUUAGAAGUUUUCUUGAUAUAGUCCUUUUUUCAGAUUUAAGGUGUAUACAUAUUCUGAAAUAUCUGAAAUUUUCAGACAUUGACCUAAAUUUCAAGGUUCAUUGAUAAUAUCAAGUUUAUGCUAUACCUGAAUUAAGACUAAGAUUAUCAGCAUAAAUUUUAUAUUAAGUAAAGCAGGCGAUACAUUUUCUAUGUGUUUACUCUUGUUUAAUCAUUUCUGCAGGAUUGUAGCUAACUUUUAUAUGUGAACUCAGGUCACAGGAAAAUUCAUUGACGUCCUCCAGUAAUUUAUAAAACGAAAGUCUAUUCAAACAGUAUACGUGAUCUAAUAGUUCAGGGGAAGCAGUUAUCACUAUAAUAAGAGGUUGGGAAUAAGAUAUUUUGUAUGCAGGUUAUACUUUUUUUGUUAUCUAUAUACUUAUGUUAUAUUGCAUGAUCGCCAAUACCUAAUAAAAUAUACCUAUAUA